CCAGGGAGCCUGGGAAAUAUAGUUGUGUGCUCACUGGGCGAAAAAGCCGAGAUGGGGCGGGGAAACGAGGGAGCCACUCAGGAGCCUUCCCCCCAGCUCUCCUCACAGUUCCCCUCUAGUUCCAGCACGGCGCGGCGCGGCGCGGCGCGGCGCUGAUGCUGCCCAGGGGACUGGCCCAUCCCCGGCCAAUCCGCUGGGUCCUUCUUGCCUGUUGAGCCCCUAGUGCAAGACAGUCCCGCCGGACACCCUUGACUGGCCUCGUUUUCCCCCCCGGCUCUGGCCUCAUGAGGCUAGAGGUGCGGUUUGGCUCCGUGCGUAGGGACUUGUUGGGUUGGGUGGGCUGGGCUGAGCUGAGCGUUGUGAGAACCAGAACGGCCCAGUGCGCUAACCUGAGGUGGCGCCAGUCAUUCUGCUCGUCCCCUUGCACGUCUCCAUUUUCUCUUACGCUCUAAGGGUGACCUUAGAACCCUGGUCAGAGUAAUGGUGAGGGGCAGGCGUGACGUUAUUUCAUUUCUCGGCAUUCCACAGGUUUCCCUCCGCCUCCUGAGGGCCUUUCCUAACCUGGAGAGUGGAUUCCCAGCUCCAGAAAAUGGGCUUGGAGCGGGGAGCCACGUUGAGGAAGGCGAAGGGCAUUGUGGGGGCGUUAGGUAAAAGUAGGACCCCAACCGACAGAUCCUGGUGCUCGCGCCAGCUGGGCGCGCAGAGCUUUGCGCGUUUGCUAUUGGAAAGGUUCCAGCGCGGGAAACUGAACUGGGAGCUCUGCGUAUGCCUGAACCCUCAAGUACUGUUGGUUGUGGUUUUUGUUGUUGUUGUCGUCGCCACGCAUGCGUCUGCGUGCCGUGUAGCUAUUUGAUUGCGUCAUGUGUCAACUCUUUUGAUUAGAAUAGCGCCAUUUUGCCGUACGGAAGCUACACAUCAACGCAGACUGGAGCCUCUCCUCGAGAUCUUCCUAGGGAGUGACUUCUAUUUCGGAGGAAACUCCAAAAUGGUAUCGAGGAGGAUUUAAAGGGACAGGCUGAUUUUUUUCUUAAUGCCAUGUCCCGGCCCUUCCUCAUCACCUUCACCCCAGCCACUGACCCCAGCGACCUCUGGAAGGAUGGGCAGCAGCAGCAGCAGCAGCCACAGCCCGAGGAGCCAGAGUCCACCCUGGAUGGGGCUGCAGCCCGAGCUUUCUAUGAGGCCCUGAUUGGGGAUGAGAGCAGUGCUCCUGACUCCCAAAGAUCUCAGACUGAACCUGCCAGAGAAAGAAAGAGAAAGAAAAGAAGAAUAAUGAGGGCAGCUGCGGCAGAAGCAGUGGCAGCAGGACCAUCAGGAAGACAUGGACAAGGAAGAUCCCUUGAGGCUGAGGACAAGAUGACUCAGCAGAUACUGAGGGCAGCCCAGGAGGGGGACCUAGCAGAACUCAGGAGACUGCUGGAGCCCCAUGAGGCAGGAGGAGCUGGGGGGAAUAUCAAUGCUCGGGAUGCCUUCUGGUGGACUCCACUGAUGUGCGCUGCUCGAGCAGGCCAGGGGGCAGCUGUGAGCUAUCUCCUGGGCCGUGGGGCUGCCUGGGUGGGGGUCUGUGAACUAGGGGGUAGGGAUGCGGCUCAGCUCGCUGAAGAAGCUGGUUUCCCUGAGGUGGCUCGCAUGAUCAGGGAGAGCCAAGGAGAGACAAGGAGCACAGAGAACCGGUCUCCCACUCCUUCCCUCCAGUACUGCGAGACCUGUGACACCCACUUCCAAGAUUCCAACCAUCGCACAUCCACUGCUCACCUGCUGUCACUGUCCCAGGGUCCUCGGCCUCCCAACCUUCCACUUGGGGUGCCCAUCUCCAGCCCAGGCUUCAAACUGCUGCUGAGGGGGGGCUGGGAGCCAGGAAUGGGGCUCGGACCCCGGGGCGAGGGCCGUGCCAACCCCAUCCCCACUGUCCUCAAGAGGGACCAGGAAGGACUAGGCUACAGAUCAGCACCCCAGCCCCGAGUAACACAUUUCCCAGCUUGGGAUACCCGAGCUGUGGCUGGGAAGGAGAGAGCCCCUCGGGUGGCCACACUGAGCCGGAGGGAGGAGAGUAGGAGGGAGGAGAAAGAUAGGGCUUGGGAGCGGGAUCUAAGGACUUACAUGAACCUGGAGUUCUGAAUUUGGUAAAGUCUGACCCUGGUCUGCUGAAGUCUGAACUUGGGUCUCUGACCUGGGCCCUUUGACUUCCGCUUCCUGGGAUCUGCCCUGGUGCAGACCCUUGGGUUUUGGUCAGUGGGCUCUGCCUUUGCAAGAGACGGGCUGAGAGUGAGAAAUAAAUCAACCUUUUGUGGUUUAUUCAC